CCGGAACAUUACGUGUGUGCAGGGACUAGCGAGUGAUCCCCGGUGAAGGCCAAGUGUCCUUCCACGCGGCGCGGCUCCCAGCGAGAGCUUACCAUGUCGAGUACGUAUCCAGAGAGAAGACACGCCGCCCGUCCUCCGGAGUUAUCCCACAAUCUCCCAAUCGCCCACACAAUACCGACACGAUGAUUUUCCGCUCCCUCACCAGCAGUCUGCUAUGUCUCUCCCUCAGCAUCUCGUUCGUCACAGCCGAAUCGCUCACCGGUUUGAGAUUACUGGUCGUCCUUGAAGAUGCGGAGCUGAAGCCGCUGUACUCGAAGUUUUUGGGCGAUCUUGAGGGCAGAGGCUAUAAGGUCGACAUCCAGUCGCCAAAGAACGAGGCGCUGUCGCUGUUUACGCACGGCCAGAGAGCUUACGACCAUGCCAUCCUGUUCCCGCCGAAAGCGAAAGGCUACGGCCCCUCUCUCACCCCGCAAAAACUCGUCGACUUCGUGCACAAAGACGGCAACAUCCUUCUUUUGACGUCGCCCUCCGGAACACCCGAGCAAGCGCGCGAGCUCGCGCGAGAACUCGACAUCGACCUUCCGCCGCGAGACUUCCUCGCGGUGGACCACAGCAGCUACGACGUCGUCUCGGCCACAGAGUCGGGGAAGCACGACGUGAUCCUGAUCCCGCGGCCGGGCGUGUCAGAUUCGACACAGAACUACUUCGCAGGCAGCUCGGGGGAGGGGGAAGGGGAGGUGAUCGCUUUCCGUGGAACCGGGCACGGCUUGGGGAAUCGCCCAUUGUUGUUCCCCGUCCUGUCGGCGGGGAGAGCGGCGUAUACCUAUGACACUAAGGAGGACUUUGCGUACGCUGAGGAGCCGUGGACCGCUGGCAGGCAGAUGCAGUAUGUAACUGCCAUGCAGGCGAGGAAUAAUGCGCGCGUGGUGGUCGCCGGCAGCACGGAGAUGUUCUCCGAUAAGUUCUUCGACAUGAUGGUUAAGGCGCCGAAGGCGGAGACGGAGGUGCACACCGCGAAUAGGAAGUUUGCCGAACAGAUCACUAGCUGGGUCUUCAUGGAGACUGGCGUCGUCAGGGUCAAUGCCGUCAGACAUUACUUGACCAACACCACAGACGCGCAGGUCAACCCUAAUGUCUACCGCGUCAAGAACGAUAUCACCUUCGAAAUCGAGCUCUCCGAGUGGUCGUCCACCCAGUGGAAGCCAUUCACCGUGCCGAGCUCCGACCACCUCCAGCUGGAGUUCACCAUGCUAGACCCAUACUACCGGCUGCCGCUGCUCGCCUCCCCCUCGUCGUCGACGCCCACCUCGUCAGUCUACGCGACCUCCUUCAAGGCGCCCGACCAGCACGGCAUCUUCGCCUUCAAGGUGAACUACAAGCGCCCCUUCGUCACCUACAUCGACGAGAAGUACACGGUGACGCUCCGCCACUUCGCACACAACGAGUACACGCGCUCCUGGGACAUCAGUGGUGCGUGGGUAUGGAUUGCGGGUAUUGCUGCGACUAUUGGUGGCUUCACCGUGUUCUGUGCGCUCUGGCUGUAUUCGGCGCCUACGGAGAGGGGGGUGAAGAAGACGCAGUAGUUGUUAGACAAGGGUUUAUGAGCUUCAACUUUGUUUUCUCGUUAUAAAUCAAAACGGCUGGUUUUUCUUUUGUGUAUGAUAUCUUGCAAUGGAGGGGGAUUCUCCAGCGGGAGAGCCAGUGCAGUGCGAUUAAACACGGCCUAAA